AGAGAGUAAGGUGCAUGAAGUAGGAGGCAGUCAGUCAGCAGGGAGUAGCCGCAGUGUGACCAUCAUGGAUGCGGCGCUAGCCUGGCUGCCUCACCUCUCCUUGGCAAUUGGAUCAGUGCGCAGGAAUCAUUCAUGGAAAUCCGCUGAAGACAUCUUCCUGUCAAGCACUGGUGAAAGCCUUUUGAAUAAGUCUAUUGAAGCAGAUGAUGGAGGUGGCAUACGUGAGGUGUCAAAUAACCCCCUUCGCUUGGUAUCCUCUGUUUCUGCAUAUCCCCUGCCCAACACCAACACAAACACUAUCUCUACUGGCAUUGUUCAUGCAACCCCUGCUACUGCUGUUACUGCUUCUGCUGUUUCUACUUUUACCAUUUCUUCCACCUCAUCUUCUUCAUCUACUUCCACAAACUCUUCGUCACACAUCAGUAUUCAGCCGCAACAGCCUUCUUCAGUAAUGGUUAAUCAUGGUGGUCAAUCCAACACCAGUUUUACUAGUACUGAAUUUACCACCUCUGGCUGCCUCCAUCAUGGCUCUGACGCACCCUCAUCGACUUCCCCCAUUACAACUUCAGCUGGGGAUUUAAAUAAUGCCCAAUUAAACUCAGUUGGUGGACUUGCUCCACUUGACUUGUCAGGAAUCACCCCUAUCACUCAAGUCACGCUGCCCACGCCUACAGAAAAUGGAGAGGGUAGAUUCAGCAAAAGUCCAACGCCCAGUCCAAAGCCCAGUCCGACAUUAAUGAAUCGUCAAACUUCCUGUGAUAGCAGUGAUGAUCGAGCAAAUAAAAAUGAUGCUUCUGGUUUUAUUUCAAGAGAAGGUAGCAUGGAACGAUCUUUUACAGAGACUCCAGCAGAACACCAGCCAACUGAUAAGCUACUUGAUUCUAUAAGUAGAUCCUCAGAGUCGUGUCGCUCAGUAGAUGGUCCCCGUACUCCUGAAAUUGGCAGCAGUGUCAAUGGUGUUUUGGUGAAAGACAGAAAAGAAUCCAGGGACUCUAAAUCCAGUGAUAAAAAGAGCAAUAAAGCAUGGUAUAAAAUGCUGAAUCCAACCUACAAAAGUAGAUCUGAAGAUUUGAAGAGAUUAUUCAAGGAUUUACCCUCAGAUGAAAGACUUAUUGUUGAUUAUUCUUGUGCAUUACAAAAGGACAUUUUGGUUCAUGGGCGCCUUUAUGUUACACCAAACUACUUUUGUUUUUACUCCAAAAUAUUUGGAUGGGAGACCUUUGUUUGCAUCAAAAGCAAGGAAAUAAUUGCCAUGACAAAAGAGAAGACUGCUUUAGUAAUUCCAAAUGCAGUUGAAAUAAGAACCGAAGGAGAGAAGCAUUUCUUUACAUCAUUUGCAUCUAGAGAUAAGACUUAUAUGAUGCUCUUUCGGAUUUGGCAAAAUGCUCUAAUGGAUCAGCAAAUGAGUGCAACAGAGCUGUGGCAGUGGGUUCAUUCUAGUUAUGGUGAUGAACUGGGUCUUACAAGUGAUGAUGAUGACUACGUAGCUCCCUCCACCGAAGACGAUACCAAAAACACAAGUCAUGCACAUAGUACCUGUGAAUCCUCCAGUCUUAACAGAAACCUUAAGUUGUACAGUGUCGACUCACUUGAAGAUGCCUGCCCUGGAGAUGUUCUUGAUGAGUCUUCUGUUCCACCAGUACCAAAGAAUGGAUGUGACUCAGAGACGUCAGAGUUUGUGGGAGCAGAAAAUCUUCAACAACCUAAAGUUUCAUCUUCACCCACAAAAUCUCCUCAGAAUCACUCUGCAAAAUCGUCACAGAAUCACACUUCCCUUAACUCUACUCCACAGCCCAACGAUGUCAUUCCAACGGACAUGUCAGAUACAACAGAAAGUGAACUAGACAGCAAGAUUAGCUGUUUAGCAUCCGGAGAAUCAGUUGCAUGCCCCAACCAGAGCUCUCACCAUCAGGGUCGUGAGGUUAUCAAUGCAGUAUAUUCUCUUCCAGUUGACACAGUUUUUACGCUCCUGUUUACCAACUCAAAAUUCAUGUUGGAUCUUUAUACUGCUAGGAGUACCUCAGAUGUUGUUGCAAGUCCAUGGCAGAGUAACCCAGAAACCAAGCAAAAACUCCGCCAGGUUACUUAUACCCUAACACUUCCACCAAAUAGUUUUGGACCCAAAGUUUCUCAUGUCACAGAAACACAAGUUGUGUCCCCAUUCAGUAAACAUGGAGAAAUCUAUACAGUUGAUGCUGAAGCUUGCAAUGCUGGUAUCCCAUAUGCCGAUUCAUUCUUUGUUUCCAACCAUUGGUGUUUGACCCGUGAGUCUGCCUCAGAAACUAGGAUUAGUGUGUGGUCUCAAGUUAAAUAUAAGAAGAAUGUUUGGGGCUUUAUGAAAGGAGUAAUUGAUAAGAAUGCAUUCAGUGGUGUUGAAUCUCUACUGAAUGACAUCAAUACAGCAUUGCUAGCCGAGGUUGAAUGCUCGCACCUGAAGAAAACGCGGCGGAGAAGACGUAGGGGUGGCAGCAAGGGAGAACCUCCAGAUGUGCUUCUCCCCUCACAAGUUUAUCCUGAUAAAGUUAAGGAUAUACAUAAAGCAACACAGAUCCCUGCCAGAAAGCUCACAUUGCCAACUGUUAUCCCAGAUAGUAAUAGUUCAUCGAAUGAAGGUCCAGUGAGACUAGUUGUGGCUACCGUAGUUAUUCUCUUGAUCCUUAAUGCUUUACUUUAUUACAAACUUUGGGCACUUGAAGAAAAAAUUUUUCUUCGCUCCACCUCUUACCCAUUUCUGGAUCCCAGUAUGUUCAAAUCUGGAGCUUCUGGAGGUCCUCUUGAGGAGUGGGUGCGAAUACUUCAACAACAGGAAGCUAUUCAUGCUGCAGAGGUAGAGAGGUGGAGAAAAUCUAUUGAGGAAGCUGCAGGAUUUCUAAGAAAGGCUGAAGAAUCUCUGCGCACACUUCAUACUUCUAUACCUCCGCAUCAUGCAUCCAAACUUCAGUUACUCUUAAAACAAAUACAAAAUUUACAUGAAACAGAGUCUCAGCGCAAAUCAACGUUGGAACCUCUUCAUGGGGAGCAGGAGGGAAAUCCAAUAGAUUCUACCAAAGGACCUGACAUUCCAGAACAUGAUAGUAACAGUGCUUAUAAAAACAUGCAUAAAGAUGAAAUACAUGAAUAUUUAGAACUCUGAAUGUGUUACUUAAAAGUAGACUUUAAAAAAUUAAUUCUGUAAUUUUUGUAAACAAAUUUAAUAUAUUGUGUUGAGUGCUCUAUGUGAAUAAGUCUUAUGUUGAGCCAUUUUUGUUUUAUAAAACCUUUUAAUCUCUUGUAGUCAGAGAGAAAAGCAUAACUUGUCUGGUGUUAUACGUGAACAUCACUGGCAGUUUUAACUGAAAUUAAUAAUACAGCAUGUACAUGCAUCACCAAGUCAAACUAAAGUCAGUCAUGGUGAAAUUGUUUAGUUUUUACAGUUUGAAUGAAACUUGUGUUUGUACUAACCCCUGCUAUUUGGAAGCAAAUAGAAAAAUAUUUUGAGGGUAGUUGAAUGAUUACAGAUCUAAUUUUGACUUUUGUGAGAAUUUCUGAUGCAAGAAUAUAGAUGCCUGAAAUAUUUACUCUUGCACAUAAACAUUUUUGGAAAUGUUUAGAAAGAAAGCUGUACAUGCUUGCUAACUAUGAUAAGUCACAAAUGUGGACCAACUGUAUUUAUGAGAAAGGUUGUGGAGCAUUCAUAGACUCAUUCCAUUGUAAUAAUUGAUUUACAGUUAGUGUUGGGCUGGGUAGACAUAUGAAAUUGCCUGAUUGAUAGUUUUAACUUUUUUUCUGGACUUUAACUAACAGUAUUAAAAUUAGUGAUUAUAACAUGUACACAUUUGUGUCCUUUAAUACAUGCACACUAUUUAUAUAUCCACCAUAAAUUAAAUUAGCCUUAUCUGUUAAACCUGUGUAUAUGAGAUUGUUGUCUUUGUAUAUGUAUUAAAUUACUCAGAAGAGAUUGCUUACAUUACGGUUGCUGAGUUAAAGUUGGAUUGCUGAAAUUCCAUUUGCCAUGUUGUAGAUAAAAGUUAUUAUAGUCCGACUAAAAGCUCUUAAAAUGCCUAUUUAUUUUUAAAAUGCAAGAUAACUUUUAUUGUGUGUAAUAUUUGCAAGCAUAUCAUUAUAGUGAAAAUGGUUUUAUUUUGUGCUUUUCCAUGUGAUGUAUGAAAGAGGCUAUAUUGCAAAUCGGCUUACAUAGAGUAUAACAUAUAUGCAGAACAAAUAUAUUUUUGAAGCUAAAAAAAAAAAAAAAAAAAAAGAUUGUGAGGGUUUUCAAGGGUUUAGCAAGGUGAAGUGAUUAUAUCACUUUGCAAUACUGUACAAGAAGUCCCCAACUUUCCACACUUAUGAUAUUGUCACUUGAUUAUUGAAACAUUAAUGGGAAGGGCUGAAUCUGUAGAGAUCAUACAGCAUCUGAGGAAAAAGGAGAUAUUCAUAUUUGAACUAAGGAAAGAAAGUACAGGUCCAAUUCAUUGGCUCAAGAGCCCCUCACUAACAAGGAACCUCCCUUGAGGGAUAUUAGCAGUGGAACCAAUUAUGUAAUUAUGAAUUCUGAGCUGCAGUAAUGAUCUUUGUGUGCAUUUUUUACCAAUACAAUCACUUUAUGCAUGUCUAGAGCUCACAAUUUUGUAAGAUUGAAUUAUAGAAAAAAUUCUAAAUUUUUAAUAAAAUGCAUUCAUACUUUGUAUAUGUUUAGUUUAUGUAGGGAAUGCUGUCAUUUGGUAGAGAUAUGUGAAGAACUACAAUAAAAUUGUAAACUUUCUUAA